UGUGUUUAUCUCUACUCUGGUUUUUGAGAACUGUGUUAUAAAAGAAUGAGGAAGUCCCAGAGCGAUCACAAAAAAGGGAACAUAGUCUCGUCAAACAGGUACUCACCCUGACUCCACCUUAGGAUCUCAACAAAGCAGCACCUGUUGUGUAUCGAUGGAUCCUCCUUUGCUCCUGAAUCGGACUGUCAGUUCACAUACUGUGGACUGUCCUCCUGAGAUGCUGUUUCAAAGCUGCUCUGACAACAACCUGAAGUUUAUCUGUGAGUUUAAGCCUGGACCUGGUCUACCAGAGGUGUCUGGUGAUGAGGAUUACAAUAUCAAUAUGGAUUGCAAGUCAGUGUCAGUAAUCCUCCCUGCACAGUGCAGCGUCUACCAGCUGCGGCUACGCAUCUGCAUACAGGCGCAGGAACAAAACUGCCACCCAGACCCACUUGCAAUGCUGGACCCAGAGAAAUACACUCUGCUAUAUUUCAGGGGGAAAGACUGGUUUGAGGCCUAUGAUGACUGUCAAGUAAUCAGGACGUUAGACAUUCCUUGGUCAUGUGACGACACUGGGCGUCUAUUAGCCCACAUAGUGGUACAACCACUGGUGGCAGUAGAUUCUGAGGAGAUAAAGAAUCAACAGCAGUGUCUUGCUUACCUGAUCGGACACAACCUUGAGAAAGAAGCGUCUGACAGACUUGGUGAGCUCACAUUCACCCGCAGGAAACUGGCAUCUCCAAGAAGACAAGAGCUAAGGAAUCGGGAUAACAUGUUAUAUGCCACAGAGCCUUGGAUAACAUGUGCCCCUAUUCCAAAUGACCUACAAGACCAGCUAAACAGAAAGCUUACUGUCACCAUGCAUUUCAUGAGCAAGAUCAGCUUCAGCAUACAGGUUGAUUUUACUACGAUGCCAAAUGUUCUUCUGAAAGUCUUUAGAAGAGUGAUGUCAGACCAGUGUCUUGAUUAUGACACUUCUGAAAGUCUGGUAUUGAAAGUCUCUGGAAGGGAGGAGUUUUUAUCUGGAGACUACCCGCUCAGUGCUUUCCUCUGGGUUAGACAGUGCUUGAAAACCAAUCAAGACCUCCACCUCUCCGUGAUCCCUGUGUCACAGCUUGCGGAUGAGACUGUCAAGUUUGUGGAAUUGCCACUUGUUGAUGGUUCCAGUGGCCAGUUCAGCUCCCACGAUGAUCUCCGCCUUGAAGGAAAGGAUUUGGAUGACAUCUUCAUGAUUUCCUUGUUGGACUGCAACAGAAGACUCAGAGUCAAACUGCUUGGCUUUGACAUCCCAACACUUCCAAACAAAUGCCCUCAGUCUGUUUAUGUAAAGGCCUCAAUACUUUACGGUAACAAGGUUCUCUCUUCAGUGUCCUCCACUCCUAAGGCCUUCGCAGAUGAAGUACUGUGGAAUGAGUGGCUGGACUUUGAUGUGCUCCUCAGGGAUCUGCCACGUGGAGCCAAGCUGGGUUUCACAAUUAACACAAGUGGUGGUGACAUCUCUCCAGCAACCAAAGACUCAACACCCUCAGUAACUAAAGAAUCAAAGCCACCAACAUCUUCAAUCAAAGUAGCACCAGACCUCCAGAAAGGGAAGGGAAAGGUUCUCUACUUUGUCAAUCUUCUCCUCAUAGAUCACAGGUCCAUCCUUAGCCAGGGUCCCUACACCCUGCACAUGUGGCCCUACCCUGAUCUGGAGGAAGAGGCCAUCACCUACCAGGCAGACAAGCUAUCCUCUGCUACUAACCCAGACAUAGCUGACUCCAUGGCGAUCAGCUUCUUUCUAGACCGCUACAGCUUCCCUGUGGUUCUCCCAAAUAGCUUUAGACCCUCUGAUCUAUCCAACAGUCCCACCUCCAGCCUCACCCAGACCAAAUCUACUGCUUCCUCUUAUGCACUCUCCUCCUCGCCCUCCUCGCCCUCCUCACCCCCUUCCACCUUAUCCAGCACAGAUAAUCCUGAUCUCCUGGACUCAAAGACAGACACUGUAACUCUCAGAUCAUCUCCAAACAGCAGCUCCAAGAGGGCUGGCUUCACAAGGUUUCGGGAAGAGAGCAUCCAAUACGCCUCAAAUCUCCCCCAUUAUCUGCGAAAAGUUGAUUGGAUGAACCGCAGAGCGGUUGAGGAUGUCCACUGGCUACUGGGAAGCUGGGAUCCUGGGGAGCUGGAUGUAACAGUGGCCCUGGAGCUGUUAAGCAUGGACUUUGCUGAUGAGACAGUCAGGAGACUAGCCGUCCAGAGAUUGGAGAGCCUGUCCAAUGAUGAUGUAUUGAAGUAUUUACUGCAGCUGGUGCAGACCCUCAAAGUGGAACCUUACCAUGACAGUUUCCUCGCUCUGUACCUCAUCCGAAGAGCUCUGCGGAGCAAGAGAAUUGGCCACUUCUUCUUCUGGUAUGUCCGCAGUGAGGUGGCAGGGUGCCCGUACUUCCGCCAGCGCAUGGCUGUGAUUCUGGAGGCCUACCUGCUUGGAUGUGGUCAAGCCAUGCUUGACAACUUUACCCAGCAGGUCCAGGCUGUUGAGGCCCUAAAGGAGGUUUCUAUAGUGAUUAAAAACCUCUACAAGAACGACCUUCCUCCAACAGCUCCCCUCAAGCUUCAAGAGCUUCUUAGAGACUGUUAUCUGCCAAAUGAAUUCUUGCUGCCCUUUGACCCUCGCAUCAAAGUUGGACGGAUCCUGCUGGACAAAUGCAAGGUGAUGGCCUCCAAGAAGAAGCCACUGUGGCUGGAGUUCUGCCCUAUGCCGUCGCCCACUUCUGCUACACCUGUUGGAAUAAUCUUCAAAGAGGGGGACGACCUCAGGCAGGACAUGCUGAUCAUCCAGACCCUGGUGGUGAUGGAGUCUAUCUGGCAGGAGAAAUCUCUGGAUCUGAAUCUUAUUCCAUAUGGCUGCAUCUCUACAGGAUACAACAUAGGUAUGAUUGAGAUUGUGAGGAAUGCAGUGACCAUCGCUGCAGUCCAGAAGAGCCAUGGAGGAACAACUAGUGCUUUCAGAAAUGAUGCUCUGUUUGAGUGGCUGAAGUCAAAAUGUCCACUGCAGGAAAUUCAUUACAAGACUACGGAGAGAUUUGUGAAGUCCUGUGCUGGUUACUGUGUGGCCACCUAUGUAUUGGGAAUAGGUGAUCGACACAAUGACAACAUUAUGAUCACAGACCAAGGGAACCUGUUUCACAUCGACUUUGGUCACAUUCUGGGGAACAGAAAGCAUUUCCUCGGCGUGAGCAGGGAGCGUGUGCCAUUCGUCCUCACACCUGACUUCCUGUUUGUCAUGGGCAGGAUCCAAAGGGGCAACAGCCUCUAUUUUGAGCGAUUCAGGGACACAUGCGCCGAAGCAUACCUCUCCCUGCGUUCGCACUCUCGUCUCCUGAUCACUCUUUUCUCCCUCAUGCUGCUGACGGGUAUCCCGGAGCUGAGUGCUGCAGAGGACAUGCGCUACCUGCGGGAGGCGCUUCAGGAGGAGCAGAGUGAGGCAGAGGCCAAGGAGCAUUUCCUCCAGCAAAUCUAUGAGUGUGAGAAAAAGGGCUGGACCGUGCAGGCCAACUGGUGGAUCCACAUGGUGGCAGGCAUCAAGUAGACUGGUUAUUUUAAACGUUAAGGCAUGCUCCUUCAGGUGGUGAAAUGUUCAUGUCUAUAUGUCAAAUGGAUUUUUUUAGUUUUCAUUGUUUACUUUUAUGUAUUAUUAUUAUUAUGUCCCAGGUCCCCUACCUCAUUUAAAGAAGUCAUAUUCUGCUUUUUUGCUUUCCCUUUCCCUUAUUGUGUUAUAUAUCUUUUUUGUGUAUGUAAUAGGUUUGCAAAGUGAAAAAGCCCAAAGUCAUCUCCCACAGAAAACCCUGAACUGCCUGAAAACAGCUCGAUCGCAGUUCAGCUUUUCAUUUUGUAACCUAACUUUGUCACUUUGUAACAUAAUGCUCCUCAAAAACACUAGUGAAGAAACACAGUUACAAGACGUCCACCCGCUGCCUCCCCUCACCCCCACCCUUCAUACCAAACGUUAGAUACUAGUGCGCAGUUAAAACGUUACUAUGAAAGAUACAUUUGUUACAGAUUAAUAACUUACCUCUCUGAAACGUCUUGCUCCAGUCUAGCUUGCAAAGCUGUUUCGGAUCAUGCACAGCUGAACCAAAGCCAUAGUUAUCACGCUACCUUGCUUAUCAGGACCCGCUCUACUCUGCUUCUGAUUGACUAGUAAUUCUUAACUAUAUACUGUGCAUGUGCUUCACUCCGUAUUCAACACACAGGGUGAAAAGGAGGUGCUUUUAGCAAUGACCAACUAAUUAAUUAAUUUCUAAAUGAAUAUAAAGGCGGUGGUUUCAGUGCAUUUUUACUACAGGUGAUCAGUGUCGAGCUGGUAGCAGGUAGAGUUUGAAAACGAACAAAUUUACAAAAUCUUCAGAUAUUUUUCUAUAUCUUUUCAUGUAUGAAAAUUAUAAUCAGUCUACUUGAUUACUAUAAGCAAAGUAUUUUAACAGCAUUUAUAUAGGAAUGAUUCUGUCCCAAGCUUUUUGAUCCAUCCCUGUAACCGUUAUUAAGUGAUUUCACUGGUAGAUACAUGAGAUACUUUAGGCUAUAAUGAGGCUGCAGUGAUUGCCAUGGCAACAUCAUGAAACUACUUUGCAUCAGGGGGAGGUAGGGAACUUGAUCACUGCAUGCUUUUUUCCUAUGUUAGAAGGUAUAAUCUAAUUUAUGACCUAAAACUUACAUUCGUAAUGUAUGAAGUGGUUUACAAGGUCAAAGGGACACCCCACCAUUUUUAUACAUCAAGCCAUUUUAAUUAACCCUAAAGAUGUGUGAUGAUGUCAGGGUUAUCUCGCCUUAGAUGACAAAUUACAACAAAAAGUCUGUUACAAAUUGUGUGAUGUUGGAAAGAUGUGGGCAUUUACCAGGCAGGGAUGAUCAAAUGAAAAGAUUGUUGCAUUGUGGCAAAUAUAGGAUCCAGUGGUUUUGGAGCUUGUCCCAUACUAGGCACUAAAAGUCAUGAUAUCUCAACCUCUUCUGCUUUUAUUUUGACCAUUCAGUAUCUCACUAGUACUCCAACUAUGGAAGUACAAUACUAAAUCACUGGAAGAUACUUUUAUUUGUGUGUUUGCAGAGCAUGCAAGUCUCCUAGUAAAAGGUGAAAGAAUCUCACCUCACUUAUGUUCAUAUACUCAGGUUUGAAAUAAAAACAAAAUGAAUAAAAACAUUUGUCAUGA